AACCUGAUGGCACCGAAACAAGAACGAAGAAAACGUGGAAAAUGGGAACACUAUAAUGCAGAUUAUAAUGCAGAUGAAAAUUCGCAGUCCUCCGGCGGUUUUAAUGAGCGGCAGAAUACAAUCGAGAAAGACAUAUCAUCGGGUAAUUUUAAAGCUUCUGUAUCCACCGAAUCAGUACCAAAAGCAGCAAGUCAAAAUUUGGAGAAUCAAACGGUGACGAUUCGCACUGAUGAAUUUGGUGCUAAAGAUUACAGACACGAAAUGAAAUUGAAGCCUGAUAGCGCUUCACGUCCUUUGUGGGUUGCUCCGGAUGGGCAUAUAUUUUUGGAAUCGUUCAGUCCUGUUUACAAACAUGCGCAUGACUUCUUAAUUGCUAUUUCUGAGCCCGUAUGUCGUCCUGAAUUUAUACAUGAAUAUCAAUUAACCGCAUAUUCAUUAUAUGCAGCCGUCUCUGUUGGACUUCAGACUAACGACAUAAUUGAAUAUUUGGAGCGUCUUUCGAAAACUUCGCUGCCUAAAGGGAUUAUUGAAUUUAUUAAGAUUUGUACAUUCAGUUAUGGUAAAGUGAAAUUGGUGUUAAAACACAACCGUUAUUUCAUUGAAUCGAGACAUUCUGAUGUUAUUCAAAAUUUGCUAAAAGAUAAAAUGAUACAACAAUGUCUCGCUGAUAAUAUGCCAGCUAAAGAAAUUCCGCUUGUGGAUAUAAAUCGAGAGAAAAUUCAAAUACCUGGCACACAGUUGGCGAAAGUCCAAAGUGAAAUUGAAAGCACAAAUGAUGUUCCAGAUGAUAUUAAUCAGUUCUAUGGUAAACUUGAUGACGAUGAUGACGAUGAUGAGGACGCUAUCAGAAAUCUGCAACUUCUCACUUUUGAGGUAAAGCAGGAAUCGAUUGAAAUUGUUCAAAAACGAUGCAUAGAGUUGGAAUAUCCAUUACUUGCUGAAUACGACUUUCGUAAUGACACUUUUAAUGAAAAUCUUGGCAUUGAUUUAAAACCCUCAACUGUACUAAGACCAUAUCAAGAAAAAAGUUUGCGAAAAAUGUUUGGGAAUAGUCGCGCAAGAUCAGGUGUAAUUGUACUGCCAUGUGGUGCAGGCAAAACUUUGGUAGGAGUUACUGCUGCAACUACUGUUAACAAAAGUUGUCUUUGUUUGGCUACUUCUAAUGUUUCUGUAGAACAAUGGAGAGCUCAAUUUAAGCUGUGGUCGACAAUUCGAGAUGACCAGUUGGUUCGCUUUACUAGAGAAGCUAGAGAUGCAGUGCCCUCGGGGCCAAACAUCUGUAAACCCAUUGUUUGCAUUAGCACUUAUUCCAUGGUUGCCUACACUGGUAAGCGCACGUAUGUCGCUGAAGAAGCAAUGAAAUUCAUUGAAAAUCGUGAAUGGGGAUUAGUUAUAUUAGAUGAAGUACAUACUAUACCGGCCAAAAUGUUUCGUCGUGUGCUCACUAUAGUUCGAGCGCACUGUAAGCUUGGGCUUACUGCGACAUUGGUAAGAGAAGACGAUAAAAUCACCGAUUUAAAUUUUUUAAUCGGUCCAAAAAUCUAUGAAGCAAACUGGAUGGAAUUACAAAAAGCUGGACAUAUUGCAAAAGUGCAGUGUGCUGAAGUUUGGUGUCCUAUGACAGCUGAAUUUUAUUCAUAUUACUUGCGUGCUCAAAUAGCACGUAGGCUUUUGCUUUCUGUGAUGAAUCCAAAUAAAUUUCGCAUUUGUCAAUUUCUUAUCAAAUACCAUGAACGACGCAAUGAUAAGAUCAUUGUUUUCUCGGAUAAUGUGUUUGCUUUAAAAAAGUAUGCUAUUGAAAUGGACAAACCAUUUUUGUAUGGUGAAACAGGGCAAAAUGAAAGAAUGAAAAUUCUGCAGAAUUUUCAAUUUAAUCCAAAAGUAAAUACGAUUUUUGUUUCAAAGGUAGCUGAUACAUCUUUUGAUCUUCCUGAAGCUAAUGUGUUAAUCCAAAUUUCUGCACACGGUGGAUCGAGAAGACAAGAAGCGCAACGUCUUGGUCGAAUAUUACGAGCAAAAAAGAAUUCUACGGAUGCAUUCAAUGCCUUUUUUUAUUCCUUAGUUUCGCAGGACACCGUUGAAAUGAGUUACUCGCGGAAACGUCAAAGGUUUCUAGUCAACCAGGGUUAUGCAUAUAAGGUUGUAAACAGAUUACCGGGAAUGGAAAAAGAAGAAUUAAAGUUAUAUACGAAAGAUUCACAAUUACAACUCUUGCAACAAGUACUGGCUGCUUCUGAUGCUGAUGCUGAAGAAGAAGACGUCAAAGAAGAAACAUUCGAUGGUGUUCGUGAAGCAAAGACAUUGCGUAAGGAAAGUUCAUUUUCAUCAUUCUCCGGCAGCAAUUCAAUUUCAUACACACAAAAAACGAAGACAGCCAAAGAUGAGGAGAGGCAUCCGUUAUUCAGAAGAUUCCGAUCUUUUAAAUAA